AUGGGUACUGGUAUCACUUCGGUACUGCUCAACCGAGUCCCAUACAAUGGUGCUUGGCUAUUUUGGCUCUCAGUCAUUGUCUAUGUCCUCAAUGUUACGCUCUUCGCAAUGGCGGUCAUGAUCUCGGUCGUUCGGUACGCCGUAUGGCCUCGAGCAUGGAGCAUCAUGCUGUGCGAUCCGCAGCACUCUUUGUUUCUCGCCGCUAUUCCAAUUAGCUUCGCAACAGUCAUUGAUAUGUUCAUCUACGUCUGCAUCCCGUAUUGGGGUACUUGGGCGCCCAUCUUUGCCUGGGCUUGUUGGAUACUUGACUCUAUCUUGGCUUUGGUCGUCACUGUCUUAGUGCCUCACACUAUUAUGAGCCGCGACGAGAAUCAUGACUUAAGCAGGAUAAAUGCUGUUCACCUCAUGCCUGUGGCAAGUCCAUUAGCAGCAGCUAUUACGGGCGGUCUUAUUGCAAGCGUUUUGGAGAACUCCCGGCAUGCUCAAUGGACUAUUAUUGCUUGCAUUGCGCUAUGGUGGGUUGGAAUUAUGAUGUCCUCUGUCAUCCUUACCAUCUAUUAUUUACGUCUUAUUUUGCGUAACCUACCCGCUCGCGAGGCUAUUCCCAGUGUCUUUCUCCCCACGUCACCAUUGUCUCUUGGCAGUAUUGCAGCUAUCGAACUUGGGUCAGCAGCAUUGAAGGUGUUCCCUAUAACUGGACUUUUGCAUGAGAUCUCUGGACCAGUCAUUUAUAUCCUUGGUGUUAUGGUAGGUGUCAUCCUCUGGACGGCUGGCUUACUAUGGCUGAUCUACGCUAUCGGUAUAAUUCUUCAUGUUAAAAGGGUUCCUUUCACCAUGGGUUGGUGGGGGUUCACUUUUCCUCUAGGAUCAUGGUCCUUGGCCACAAUCAUAUUAGGGAGAGAAUUUUCAACUACAUUUUUGAUGAUUCUCAGCACAAUAUCAUCUGCCUGUUGCUUUCUACUCUGGGUCAUCGUCAUGCUGGGAACCAUUCGCGCAUUUGCUCACGGGCGUAUCCAAUACAAUUCCUGUGUCAGCCAGUGGGAGGAGAGAAAUGGGGAGGAACUCAAGAAAAUAAAAAUCCCCAGGGUGUUUUUUUCCUGGAGAAGAACACAAAACGACCAGUAGAAGACA